CGUAGAGUGAGUUGUGAAAAGAGUUCCUCGUCGAUACACCCCGUCUCAAAAUGAUCGGUAUUGACGUUCUCUUCGGGGUACUGGCCGUCUCUGGCCUCGUGGCUUCUGAACGUACAUGUUUGCCGAAGGCUCCAGAGUAUAAACCGGAUAUCACCUAUACGGCCUGUUAUGCCGACGAUCCCAACUCCCCAAUCCUCACGGGCCGUGAUUAUAGAGCGAAUACCCAAAACUCGCCUGAGUUCUGUGCGCUUCUUUGCGGGAGGGAAGGAUACCGAUACGCUGGGUUGGAGCAGGGCCUCGGAUUUGGAGGAGGAUGCUUUUGUGGAAAUUCAGUCCCCCCAUGGGUGGAAAAGCAGAGUCGAUCGUCCUGCGAUUUGCCGUGUCCUGGGGACCCUGCAGCAACGUGUGGCGGGAAUUCAACCAUAGAUAUAUAUCGAAUCAACAAUCCACAAGUGGGCAAGGCAAAUGAUAUUUUCGCCGAUUGUACCCGGGAUCCGCUAUGCUCAAAUCCAGUAUGCGACCCAUCUCUUUCCGUGCGAGAGCGAGCGGCCGGGCUGGUGAAUGUCCUCAGUGUCGAGGAAAAGCUGGAUACUCUCGUCGACAAGACCCCUGGGGUACCGAGAUUGGGUAUCUGGCCGUACGAAUGGUGGUCCGAGGCGCUACAUGGGCUCGCCUAUGCCCCCGGAAAUGAGUUCGAAGAUAGUGGCAACUUCAGCUCUGCAACCUCAUUUCCCAUGCCCAUAGUCAUGGCUGCCUCCUUCAACGACGAUCUUGUAUUUACCAUUGGUGAGGCCAUCAGUAUAGAAGCAAGAGCAUAUGCCAAUGCCGGCCUUAACGGCUUCGACUUUUAUACUCCGAACAUAAAUCUGUUUCGGGAUCCUCGCUGGGGUCGUGGGUCUGAAACCCCGGGGGAAGACCCUCUGCUGGCGAAAAACUAUGUAGCCAGCUUAAUCUCCAGUAUGGAGUAUCGAUCGUCUGGCCAUAAGAGGAUUCUCGCUACCUGCAAACACUACGUCGGCAACGACCUGGAGAGCGUUGGAAAUGUGUCUCGCUACGGCUUUGAUGCAGUAAUAUCGACGCAAGAUUUGUCCGAAUACUUCCUCCCGCCCUUCCGCACGUGUACUGCACAGAAACAAGUCAGUUCUGUCAUGUGCAGCUACAACGCUGUCAACGGGGUCCCGGCGUGUGCGGACAGCUAUAUAUUGCAGGACAUCCUGCGCGAUCACUGGGGGUGGGAAGCCCCGGACCAUUAUAUCACCACAGACUGUGGGGUCAUUGGAUAUAUGGUCACCGAUCACCAUUACGCCUCGGACCUUGGCGAGUCGGCGGCCCUGGCUCUGAAAGCAGGCACUGAUCUGGAAUGCAACGGGAGCCCGAACAGUGGUCUCCUGGCGGCCUGGAACCGGUCCCUGAUCACCGAGCCCGAGGUAGACAGGGCCGCACAGCGGUUGUAUGGCGCGUUGGUCACCGUCGGGCUGUUUGACAACCCUCCUUCAUUGGAGUCCCUUGGCUGGGAGGUAGUGAAUAGUGCUGCCUCGCAGCAGCUAGCGUACCAAUCUGCGGUAGAAGGCACGGUUCUUAUCAAAAAUAAUGGAGCGCUCCCGCUGUCUUCCAAUAAAUCUUAUGCGCUGAUCGGUCCAUGGGCAGCUGCAACCGAACAGCUACAGGGUAUCUACUACGGCCCGGCACCCUUCUUGAUCUCCCCUCUGCAGGCGGCCAGAGACCUUGGGAUCAAUUACACCUACGUCGCGGGAACCGGCAUCAAUCAAACGGAUCCCUCCACGUACGAUGCCGCUCUUGUAGCUGCUAGAUCCGCCGAUGCGGUGAUCUUCUUGGGCGGUAUCGACAGCAGCUUUGAGGAGGAGACCCAAGACCGAGAGAGCCUGGAGUGGCCGGCCCCUCAAAAAGAAUUGAUUACAGCGCUCGCCGAGAAUGCAAAGCAAUUGGUCGUGGUCCGGUACGGAGGCGGCCAACUCGACGACUCGGAGCUGCUCACCAAUAAACACGUAAACGGGCUCCUGUGGGGGGGAUACCCGGGUCAGUCAGGAGGGCAGGCCAUUAUGGACUUGCUGUUUGGCAAGGCCUCGCCAGCUGGUCGACUGCCUGUCACUCAGUACCCGGCGUGGUAUGCUGAUGCCGUGCCACCAGCGGACAUGAGUCUCCGCCCAGGGAAGGGCAACUCCCACCUCGGGCGUACAUAUAUGUGGUACGAAGGAGAAACCGCUGUACCUUUUGGGUUCGGCCUUCACUACACCACCUUUGACGUCACUAUCAAUCAACCGCCACGAUGGAUGAGCCAUACACCAAUCCAUAAUGGCGCCCGGGUGUCCAUACAGUCUAUCAAGGGCCCGGCUGACUGGAUGGAACUGCUGGAGGUCCCCGCGCUCCAGAUUCCCGUAACAGUCACCAAUACUGGGCCGGUCACAUCAGACUAUGUGCUUCUGCUGUUUCUUAAAUCUGACGCAGGGCCGUCUCCACGACCACUGAAGACACUGGCAGCGUACACACGAAUCAAGGAUAUCCAGCCGGGUCAGUCGGUGACACGGGAUUUGACAGUGAAUUUGGACAGCCUGGUUCGAGUCGACCAGAAUGGUGACCGCGUCAUAUAUCCGGGUGUGUUUGACCUGUUCGUCGACCUGGACGCUAAAGCUACCUUUGCAUUCAGGCUACACGGCGCGCCACUCACAGUGGAAAAGUUUCCUCAACGAAAAGCAAAACGAUGAGGGAGGUGGACCAUUACGUAGAGUAUGUGACUCUUUAAAUGAACAUGGCAUCAAAACCUCCUCUCGUGUCUUUGAUAUAGGCACUACAUUUACUACCUACUCCCUGUCAUUCAAGUAGUCGUGACCUUGAAGAUAGCAAUGCCGUUGUCUGCCACAUUAAAAAUGAUGCCCUUACCAGUACCGCUAUCUCCUGAAUACAGCUUCUUCUACCUAUACAGGCCUGCCUGCAGCCCUAGUAUAUUAAUAAAGUUAACUGAGAAUUGCC